UAUUUGCCAUCAGGUGUAGUAAUCAGUAAUAAAAACAAAUAUGGGCAGUAGUAGUGUGGAAGGUGGAGGACUGCAAAGCAACGUCAAGGUUGUGGAGAGGGCAAUACUAAUGGGCACGACACGGCGGCCUUGCGAGGUCGUAGUGCGCCUUCUUGGGCUCUUUCUUACUCUUGUUGCCACCAUCAUUGUUGGUGUUGAUAAAGAGACUAAGAUCAUUUCCUAUGCUGGUAUCGACUUCAAGGCCACUGCUAAGUGGGAAUACCUGUCUGCUACCGUAUUUUUGUUGGUGUCAAACGCCAUAGCAUGCUCGUAUGCAGCUGCAUCUUUGGUGAUGUUGGAGAUGGCAAAAAGAAGAAGAAACGAUAAUAAUGAUGUGUUAUCUACUUCAGUAGUAGAGUUUGGUGUAACGGUGAUGGACCUUGUAAUGAUGGGACUGUUAUUCUCAGCAAACGGUGCUGCUGCUGCUGUGGGAGUAAUCGCACAGAACGGAAACUCCCACAUUCAAUGGAUGAAAGUUUGCAAUGUCUUUGAUGCAUAUUGUCGCCACAUGACCGCUGCAUUUCUCCUCUCUUUCUUUGCAUCCGUUUCCUUCCUCUUCAUGGUUCUUUUCUCUCUGGUCAAACUCCAUUAUUACAAGUUUUCUACUUAAUUGUAUUAACAUUACAUCAUCAUCACAUCUUGUUAUAGUAUAUCAUAUCAUAUGCUCAUCAAUAGUGUUCAUGAAUAUAUACUAGCGGUUAAUUAAUCUUAUAUAUGUGAUAUGUUUGAUUGAU